AUGGCCUGGCCCACUGGCCUAGGCCUUGCCGUCUGCUGCCUUGCCGGCACCGCCACCGCCGCGGCAGUAUCAGCAGCCUCGCAAGCGUACUGCCCAGUCUAUUACCUGGGAUCACAGCCGGGUAAUUGCCCGAAGACAUUGAUACCGGACACGUACUUUCUGGGCUCCUCGUGCUCCUUGUCUGCGGAACAGAUCGUCGCGACCCGUCCGCGGGCGGACCAGGAUGUGUUCGAGAACGUCUUCAACGCGUUGGAAGUCCUGCAGCGGGAGUACUAUGACGCCAACUAUGGAACAUGGCCGAGUGCUAUCGACUGGACGGCCGCCGUCACGCAGACGGUCAUGACCGGAACGCUAUCGACCUUUUCCAGGUCUAUUGACAGCAUUCCACUGCGAGGCAGCGCCCAGUCGUGGGCGGAUAAGGAGAAUCUCAUCUCGUCAUUUUUUGCUCAGGUGGUUGGCUCGUACUUUGGACAGGACAUCUUGUCUAUACGAGGAGAGGCGUACGAUGAUAUCCUAUGGGUGGCCCUUGGCUGGAUCGAGGCCAUCAAGUUUGUCUCUACACACUCUCAAAUCCACUACCCCAGCGACAAGUACCGCGACCACUCAGCCGGCCAACAUGGACUUGGCGACUUCAUCCGAACACUCCCUUGGCACGGCCACAACUGGAUCUCGUCGUUUGCGCACCGGUCUCGGGUAUUCUGGAAUCUGGCUUCGCGUGGGUGGGAUACUCGACUCUGCCACGGCGGCAUGGUGUGGAACUCUCGCCUCUUGCCGUACAAGAACGCCAUCACCAACCAGCUGUGGAUCUCGACAUCCAUAGCCAUGUACCGGCACUUCCCCGGUGACAACUUCACGUCCCCGUGGCUCACAUCGGCAAGGUUCCCCGAAAAGGACCCGGCCCACCUGAAGGCAGCCGUCGAGGGAUACAGAUGGCUGAUGGGGAUCAACAUGACCAACGAUCAAGGCCUAUUUGUAGACGGGUACCACAUUGACUCCGGCAAGCCUGGAAACGUCGAGUGCGACGUGCGCGACGAGAUGGUGUACACGUACAACCAGGGCGUGGUGCUGACGGGCCAGCGCGAGCUCUGGAUGGCCACGGGGGCGACGUCGUACCUGGAAGACGGGCACCGCCUCGUGCAGAACGUCAUGAAUGCCACGGGCUGGAAUCUCGAGACCAACUCGCCCCGCGAUGCCGACCCGCCGCCCAACCGGCUGCCACCCUGGCGUGGCCUCGGACGCUUGGGCGUCAUGGAGGAGCGAUGCGACUCGAGCGGGACAUGCUCACAGGACGGUCAGACGUUCAAAGCCAUCUUCUUCCACCAUCUCUCCAACUUUUGCCGGGAGCUGGACCCCCCACCCGCGCGCGAGCACGGCUUCCUGGUCGACCGGAAGCAGUACGGGGCGGCAACGAAGGCGCACGCGGUGGCCUGCAGGUCGUACCUGGGCUGGGUGCGGCACAAUGCCAUGGCGGCGGCGGGGACACGGGACGCGAGUGGCCGCUUCGGCACGUGGUGGUUUGCAGGGCUCAUUCACGACGCCGAGGUGCCGCACUAUGACACGGGUUACCCGACGGCGAAUGCGACCGACUACCGUAACAACGGUACGCCAGCGGACGACGUCUGGGGUCGCAAUCGGAGAUGGCUACCUGGACUGGGCAACAGGGCGGUAGCAGGCGGCGGGGCGGUCGACGAGGCUGCCUCUAGCCGUUACGAACAGCAGUACCAGAAAGUGUAUGGCGAUGCCGAAAAGGUCGAUAUAGGCUGGCCCCGAGAUCCCAACAACCGUGGGAGGGGCCGCACGGUGGAGACGCAGGUUGGUGGGUUGGCAGUUUUGAGAGCGUACUGGGAUCUGUCGCAUGCAUGA